ACGCCAACUCAACAUUCAUGCAACCAUUCCCCCAAACUCUCACACCAUGUACAACACUAGCGGUAAAAUGGACAUGUUGUGGGCCGAGAAGGGCCCGAACGGCGAGCUCCCACUGCCGGAAAGCCCGAGAGGGCCCAUCGAGUUUCUCUCCCGCUCAUGGAGCGCCUCCGCGCUCCAACUCUCCAAAGCCAUCACUCCCUCCAAUCCCACCGCAAUGCUCGUCAAAACCACCUCCGCCGCCAUACCGGAAAACCACGCCGCCGAAGAAGAGGACAAUUCUAAGCUUUCCGGCAACACCUUUUCCUUCGCUUCCACCGCCACUUCUCAGCUCAUUCUCGAGCGCAUCAUGUCACAAUCAGAGAUUUCACCACUAACAUCAGGAAGGCUCUCGCAUAGUAGCGGCCCUCUCAAUUGCCUCACCGAGGAAACCGAGUCGCCUCCGAUUUCGCCCUCCAACGAAUACGAGGACGUCGUUAAGUAUUUACGAGCAAACAACACGCUGCAACCGCUCUUCACCGGCACGCCGCGGGCCGGCUUCGCGGCGGCCGCAGCCGUCGGCGGCACGAACACGCCGGGUGGAAAGACGGUGGGGAGGUGGCUGAAGGAGCGGAGGGAGAAGAAGAAAGAGGAGACGCGGACACACAACGCGCAGCUCCACGCCGCCGUCUCCGUCGCCGGCGUGGCCGCCGCCAUCGCGGCCAUAGCGGCCGCUACCGCUGCCUCGUCCUCAAACGGCAAGGACGGGGACAUGGCGAAGACGGACAUGGCCGUCGCCUCGGCCGCGACCUUAGUCGCGGCCCAGUGCGUGGAGGCCGCGGAGGCGAUGGGCGCCGACCGCGACCACCUCAUCUCCGCCGUGAGCUCGGCCGUCAACGUCCGGUCCCAUGGCGACAUUUCGACCCUCACCGCCGCCGCCGCCACCGCUCUACGAGGAGUGGCGACUUUGAAGGCGAGGGCUCUGAAAGAAGUGUGGAACGUGGCGGCGGCGGUGCCGGUGGCGCCGGUGGAGAGAGGGGUGAGUUCCGGCAACGGGAAUAACAGCUCCAGCAGCAACAACUCCGGCAGCUACUGCGAGGAGCUCUUGCCGGAGGAGAAUUUCCUUGCUUCUUGCAAUCAAGAGAUGCUUGCUCGCGGCACCGAGCUUCUCAAACGAACUCGCAAAGGCGAUCUUCACUGGAAAGUUGUAUCUGUAUACAUUCAUAGGAGUGGGAAUGUGAUGCUGAAGAUGAAGAGCAGGCACGUGGGAAAUACCUUCACCAAGAAGAAAAAGAAUGUGGUGGUGGAUGUUCUGAAAGACAUGGCGGCGUGGCCGGGGAGGCACCUGUUCGAGGACGGGGAGCAGAGGCGGUACUUCGGGCUGAAGACAGAAGGGCGAGGAGUGGUGGAGUUCGAGUGCAGGAAUGCCCGAGAGUACGAGAUGUGGACGCAGGGCGUGUCGAGACUCCUCUCCAUGGUUGCCCAUAGGAAAAGGAACCAUUAUAAAUAGUUUUUCAAUUGACUACUAGUAAUGUAUUCAUAUUUAUUUUCGUAAUUAUGUUGACUUCAAACUUCGACCUAUUAAUUAAAUUAUUAUAAAUAGUUCUAUGUUGUUUUUUCUA